UCACUAUAGAGAAAAUUUUACAAGAUCUUCUAACGUAGUUAGAAUUGUAUACCAAGCUCUAACGGAGUUAGAGUGGAAUUAUGAGUGAUACCGAAGACAAUCACGGCGGAAUCGCCACAACUGUCCGUGCCGACGUGCACGAGGCGCCAAAGGAAGCGUCUUCACCAACUUUAAAUUCAACAGUGCAAACACUGUUUUCCUCCCUGCUAGCAGAGAUUAAGUCCAUGAACCAAAAAAUGGACGUAGUUACAGCGCCGGUCGAGCUAGACGACAAUGCCGACCUAGAAGAUGGAGAGCUUGGCCAAGAUGAGGCCGAUGAUGACGCCGAGUCAAUCGUGUCGUUGGGCGCSAAGGUCGAUAAGCUCAGGCAGUCUACUGAGGACAAAUCAAACGCUCUCSAAGACAUCGCAGAAGACCUCGACUUAAGCGAGAAGACGGGAAGUCCAAUUGACGAGGAGCUGGCCAAAAUAAUUACUAGCCUGCUAAAAGAUAAAAUGCAGGACGAAAAGACCCAAAAGAAGGUCGAAACAUACCCCAGGCCUAAAAAUAUCRAAGGCCUGAGGACCCCGCGGGUCAAUCCACUGAUAUGGAGCUCACUGCCGGCACAGGCCCGCACACAGGAUUCAAAGUUCCAGAAGACGGAACAAUCUUUAGUGGCAUCGAUUGCCGCAAUGACGAGAGCCACGGACAUGCUAGUGAAGCGUGGCGGGAACRAGAACAAAGAGCUUCUCAAGUGUUUAACAGACGGCAUAGCUCUGUCAAUGAAUUGUCUACAUGACCUGAAUAACACGAGGAGACAGGCAAUGAAGAAAGACCUACACAGGGAUUGCGCAGCCUUAUGUAACACUUCUACCAUUCCCUCAUCAUCCGAAUAUUUAUUUGGAGACCUGUCCAAAUUGACAAAGGACAUAUCUGAGGCGAAUAAAUUAACCAAGAAGGUAAAUAGACCACCACAAUCACACCAAGGCCGCGAAUUUUCACAAAACUUUUAA